AUGGUUACUGAGCUGGGAGGCACCGUGACUCUCACUUGCCUUUGUCCAGAUGAGUCAGUGACCAGAUUUAAUUGGUUCAAGCAGAGUUUUGGAGAGAAACCCCUCCACAUGACGUCAUCUCUUUAUGUGGGUCAAGACAGUAAUUAUUCCAACAACUUUAUCAAGGACUUUACUGAGACCAAACGUUUGGGUGUGAGGAGAGGAGACUACAGCUGUAACUUGACCAUAUCCAAGACAGAGCCAGGGGACUCAGCUACAUACUAUUGUUCCAUUACAGCCAUCUAUGAGCAAACAUUUGGAGAGGGAACUGUUUUAAUUGUCAAAGGUUCAGAGUCCAACAGCAUGUCUGUGCUCCAGCAGCCUGUGUCUGAGUCAGUCCAGCCAGGAGACUCUGUGACUCUGAACUGUACAAUACACACUGAGACCUGUGUAGGAGAACAUAGUGUCUAUUGGUUCAGACAUGGCUCAGGAGAAUCCCGUCCAGGAAUCAUUUACACCCAUGGAGACAGGAGUGAUCAGUGUGUGAAGAGCCCUGAGGCUGGGUCUCCUACACAGAGCUGUGUCUACAACCUCCCCAAGAGGAACCUCAACCUCUCUGAUGCUGGAACUUACUACUGUGCUGUGGCCUCAUGUGGAGAGAUACUGUUUCGGAACGGGACCAAGCUGAACAUUCAUGCGCUCAUGAAUACAAUAUGA